UGCCCGAUAUACGAUCGACAGCACAGUAUGAAAAAAUGUAACUCAGAAUUCCCAAUACGCAGAGAACGCUGCUUUGCUUCCUAUCAGACCACCCAUCGUCGUUUCUUUCGCUAUUUCUGGUCACCAUUUUGCCGCCAUUAGCAGAGUCUCCGGAUUGAAGCCUCCGCCGCCCUUCGAGCUUCUAACCACGAUCUAUUGCCGACCACCACCAACAGCCGCCACCACGCCGACCAGCAACAAAUAAGUUAGAAAUCACUUUUUUGGGUAGCUGAAGAGAGGUAUGGAUCCUGAUUCAGUGAAAUCUACUCUUUCUAACUUGGCGUUUGGGAAUGUCAUGGCAGCGGCUGCUCGUGACUACCAGAAGGAAAUCCUUGCUCAAGAGAAGGCAAAGGCAUCGGCUUCUGCCAAUGAAGAGGUUGAUCUUGAUGAGCUGAUGGAUGAUCCUGAGCUUGAAAAAUUGCACGCAGACAGGAUUGCUGCUCUCAAGAAAGAAGCUGAGAAACGGCAAGUAUUACAAAUGAAAGGACAUGGAGAAUACAGAGAGGUAGGUGAAGGGGAUUUCUUGGGUGAAGUCACUGGAAGUGAGAAGGUGAUCUGUCACUUCUAUCAUAAAGAGUUCUACCGCUGCAAGAUAAUGGAUAAGCAUUUGAAGGCUCUUGCACCAAAGCAUAUUGACACAAAGUUUAUCAAGCUAGAUGCAGAGAAUGCACCCUUCUUUGUUACUAAACUUGGAGUGAAAACAUUGCCUUGUGUGGUGUUAUUCAGAAAAGGUAUUGCAGUAGAUAGGCUGGUUGGUUUUCAAGAUUUGGGAGGAAAAGAUGAUUUUACCACAAAGACAUUAGAGGUUACACUGAUAAAGAAAGGUAUAAUUAGUGAGAAGAAAGAUGAAGUCGAUGAAGAGGAUGACUAUGAGGAGAAUCGGCGAAGGACUGUGAGAUCCUCUGUGGAUCAGGACUCAGAUUCUGACUGAAGUGAAAUCAGAGAAUGAAAAUGUGGUUUCUUACCUAGAAUGAAAUUUCUAAAUUUCUUACUUGUGUAACCGUUUUCAAAAUUAAUUUUUGCCUAUUAUAUCAAGAAUGUCAUUUUUAUUUUUUCCAACUUGGAAAGAUGGCCAGUUGGCCACGACUGUUCUAUGUAUUGAUAUAGACUGCAAGUGCUUGUAGACAAAUGUGGCUUUGAAUUUUCCCUGACAAAAGAAUAUGUGAUUAUUGUAA